AAGCUUCCGAUAUUUACAGUUUAGGAAUGUUAAUGUAUGAACUUAUAUCUGGAAUUCCUCCAUUUUCAAAUCGAGCUCAUGAUCAAGCGUUGAUGUUUGAUAUUUGCAAUGGUUUGAGACCAGAAAUUAAAAAAAAUAUUGAUAAGAUACCGGACAAUUUUAUUAAUAUAUUAAGAAAAUGUUGGGAUCCUAAUCCGUUUAAUCGUCCUUCAGCUUAUGAUUUAUUCUUAUUUGAUAAUUAUGGUGAAUUAAGUGUAAAGAACGAUGAGAUAUUUGAAUCUAAAUAUGAAAUUCAUCCUGGUGCUAUUUAUACAAGUCGGGAACUUAGUAUAUAUACCCAAUCUUUGUCACAAGGUGAUGAUGAAAUGAUUGAAUGGAAUACCGAAAAAAGAUUAGAAGUACCUGGAAGUAAUUAUUACGCCACAAAAUUACAAAAUAUGAACGAUGAAUUUGGAAAUAAUUUGAAUAACUAACAUUAUUAUUAUUA